GUAGUCUGUAGCUACGUCGUUCGAACACCGAAGGCAUCGUGCGCAGUAUUGUAUCAACCGCGCCAGCCAGUGGACGUCGUGCUAUAAUGCACCCUGUGUGAUAAGUGCAUAAUAGUGGUAAUAACGCGCGCACUCAUAAGUCGGUUUAUUGGGAGUGAGUUUUGAGCUACAGUAAGGCUAGAAGCAUGGUGAAUCUUAGAACAGUGCUGACAAAUCCAAAAUACAUCGCAGUUGGUGUGAUUAUUCUGGUUGCCAUCCUCGCGGUUGCGAUCGCAGUUCCUCUGGCAGUCAAUUCAAUCUCAAGUGAAAACGAUGCCACGGAAGAAACAUCCGGUCGUUCUGUGCUAGACGAGGUUCCUCUAAUCGAUGGCCACAACGACCUACCGCACAAUUUGUACCGCCUAGAGCACAACCGCAUCAAUUCGUUCAACUUGAACCGAAACCUAAAGGAAGACUCGAAAUGGGGAGUAUCCCCCAACAGUCACACGGACAUCCCGCGCCUGCAGAAGGGAAAGGUCGGUGCCCAGUUUUGGGUAGCCUAUGUCGAGUGCAACACGCAGUAUCGGGAUGCCGUUGAGCGAACGUUGGAACAGAUCGAUGUAAUCAAGCGUAUGAUCGCAAGACAUCCGGAGUUCUUUGAGUACGUUACGUCCGCUGAUGGGAUAAUGCAAGCGUUUGAAUUCAAGAAACUAGCAUCUCUGAUCGCAGUCGAAGGUGGCCACUCGAUGGACUCCCGCCUAUCAAUGUUGCGCAUUUACUAUGAACUUGGUGUGCGCUAUAUGACCUUAACACACACGUGCAAUACACCGUGGGCCGACGCCUCCCCGGUGGACGCCAAUAGCACAGCUGUGCUGAAGAAUGUCACCGAAUGGGGGAAGAAUGUGAUCUGGGAAAUGAACCGCCUUGGCAUGCUGGUGGAUAUUUCCCAUGUGAGCCACGGAGUAAUGAUAGAUGUGUUGGAGCACACGAAAGCACCCGUUAUUUUCAGCCACUCGGUAUCGUAUCACGUUAAUCCUCACCAUCGCAACGUACAGGACGAUGUGCUGGAGCGGUUGAUCGCGAACAAUGGCAUCAUUAUGGUGAACUUUUACCCGGGAUUUAUCGGCGGAGAAACGAUCGAUGAUGUUGUUCACCACCUAAACUACAUCAAAUCCGUCACCGGUCCCGACCACAUCGGCAUCGGCGGAGACUUCGACGGCGUUGAGAAAACUCCCGAAGGUCUCGAAGAUGUCUCCAAAUAUCCGGACCUCUUCGAUAUGCUCGCGGAAGGUGCCUACAGAAAUGGAACAACCUUCGAAGCUUGGUCCCGGGAAGAUUUGCGGAAACUUGCCGGAUUGAAUUUACUCCGCGUGUUCCGGGCGGUAGAAAAGGUUCGAGACGCCAUGUGGAUCUACCCACCGUUUGAGGAUUUAAUACCCUAUCAGGAGUUUGUUGACGCCGGCGUUGAAAACCAACCGUGUAUGAGCGAUAUUGAUAUUCAUAAAACGUAGGAGGGUCAUCGCAGAUAAUUAAAUGUGUAAUUGACACUGGUUGUCUCGGGACCUGUUUGUAUUAUA